AUGAGGAUUUCCAUGAGCAUUUUCUUUCUCACCUUUCUCGCUAUAUAUAGUUCCGUUGCAUUGGCUUCAGAUUCUAGCCCACUUCAAGAUUUUUGUGUGGCAAAUCCAAACAAUCCUGUGAAAGUGAAUGGUGCGGUUUGUAAGGAUCCCAAUGUUGUGGAAGCCAAAGACUUCUUCAUGAGUGGGUUGAAUGUGGUAGGUGACACAAAUAACCCUUUUGGCUCUACAGUGACUCCUGCCAACGUUGUCCAAAUCCCAGGACUCAACACACUUGGUAUCUCUAUGGUUCGUAUUGACUAUGCCCCAUCGGGAAUCAACGCUCCCCACACCCACCCUCGUGCCACUGAAAUCUUGACUGUCCUUGAAGGCACACUCUUGGUGGGCUUUGUCACCUCCAACCCAGAAAACCGUCUCAUUACCAAAACAUUGAACAAGGGCGAUGUCUUCGUCUUUCCCAUUGGACUAGUUCACUUUCAACAAAACAUCGGCUAUGGCCCUGCAGUUGCCAUUGCAGCUUUGAGUAGCCAAAAUCCAGGUGUUAUUACUAUUGCUAAUGUUAUUUUUGGAUCAAAGCCCGACAUUCCAACCAAUAUCCUUGCAAAGGCUUUUCAAACUGAUCCUACUAUAAUGGCCAAAAUUCAGUCUAAGUUUUAG